AUGAACUACCCCCACCUCAGCCAUUGGCCGGCCAGUUACAGCAAUGCGUACACGGUAGCCCAGGGGUCCAGGGGCCAGCUGCAUUUCGGGACAGCGGAGAUACCCGCGCACGACAUCCCCACCUUCUACCGCAGGCUUCGUCGGUACAUGAACCGCAUCCCCCAGUUCCAGGGCGCCUUUUUCUAUCACGAGGUCCGCGGGGCCAAAGGAGGGACUCACCAUGACCCCGAGGACAACGACGAUGCAGAGUUCGCGCUCCAAGACGUAUUCGGACACCUCGACUUCGACCAGAUCACAGAUGACGAUCUGAACCACAGGUGGUUUGUUGACGUCGCCCUCGAGGUCCGCCGCCCUGGACACGUUGUCCACUGGCGCAGAGAUAAUAUGGAACGAAUCAUUCGACAUGCCGUGCCCCACGGUAGCCCUUUAACAAUCAGCCAUCUCCCACGCGGCAAGGUACUCAAGAUUGAUCACGCCGUGCAGCUGAGUGAUGUCGCCGGCUUUCGCGUCGGCACCCCCAGCUUGGGCAGCAUUGACCGGGUUAGGUACAUCAAUGUUUACAGCACGGAGAAGUCUGCGCACUACCAGCUUCAUAAUGGCCACUUUGACGCCGCUCUACCCCUGGAGCUGCUCCCCGGGAAGAUUGACAAGCUACUGAAGAGGGUAAACGAGUGGACGAAGGUAUUCAAUGACUGCAAGACCACGAGGAAGGAGGGAACAGGUCGCUACGAAAUCCGAGUCGCAGCGUGCAAGGCAGGGUCGACACUCAAGGACAUCCCAUACGAUUUACUACAGGAUGCAUGCCUCUCUUGGCCAGCAGUGACGUGGUGGACAUUCAAGUGGUGGAGAGUGUUCUGUUGUUAUACAAUGAUCGAACACCUGAAGAAGAGUCCCAACGCCAUCCGGGCGAGGGACGAGUCACUGCAGCUCGGCGUUGUGCUCACACACAUGCUCAACGGAUGCCUCUACCGC